UUUUCAAAUCGACGCGGCUGAGUCCAACAGUACCGACAAUGCAGAGACCCGGGAAGGGCAAGACUCCUCGGAGGCCUGGCCCAAAGAAGGGAUCCAAUGUUGAGAAGGAUCCUGUUGGAGUAUACUGUCGGAUACGUCCACUUGGGACAGAGGAUCAGGAAUGUUGUGUUGAAAUGAUCAGUAACUCCACUAUUCAGCUACAUGCUCCUGAUGGUCUUAAAGCGAAUCGCAAUGGAGAAUUCAAGGAGAUGCAGUACUCCUUUAAAAAAGUAUUUGGUAUUAAUACCACUCAAAUGGAGCUGUUUGAGGACAUUGGCAGGCCUCUAGUGGAAGAUCUCAUUCACAGCAAAAAUGGUCUGCUGUUUACAUAUGGUGUUACUGGAAGUGGUAAAACCUACACCAUGACCGGCUCACCUGGAGAAGGCGGACUCCUCCCCCGUUCUUUAGACUUACUCUUCAACAGUAUCGGCCCCUUUCAGGCUAAGAGAUUUGUAUUUAAGCCAGAUGACAAAAAUGGGAUGGAGAUCCAGAGUCAAGUUGAUGCUCUCCUGGAAAGACAGAAGCGAGACAGUCAGCAGUCUGUGCCUAGGACACCGUCCUCCAGGUUGAAGGCUGACCCAGAGUUUGCAGACAUGAUUAGUCCAGAGGAGGCAUGUAAAUGUGACAAUGUGGAUGACGACUGUUGUUACAGUGUUUUUGUAUCCUACAUUGAAAUCUACAACAACUAUAUUUACGACCUCCUUGAAGAUGCUCCAUUCGAUCCCAUCAGACCUAAGUGGCUUGGCGGAGGCACACCUGUACGGAACAAUGAGUUCAUACCACCUCAAUCAAAGCUUUUACGUGAGGAUCAGAAUCAUAACAUGUACGUGGCUGGGUGCAUGGAAGUUGAGGUCAAAUCUACUGAGGAGGCAUUUGAAGUCUUUUGGAAGGGACAAAAGAAAAGAAGGAUUGCCAAUACUCAGCUGAACCGUGAAUCCAGCCGCUCACACAGUGUGUUCACUGUGAAGUUGGCUCAGGCUCCACUCGAUGCUGAUGGGGACCACAUUCUGCAGGACAAAAACCAGGUGACUGUGAGCCAGCUGUGUCUAGUUGACCUGGCAGGCAGCGAACGCACCAGCAGAACCAGAGCAGAGGGAAGCAGACUCCGUGAAGCAGGUAACAUUAACCAGUCUUUGAUGACACUGCGCACCUGUAUAGAGGUCCUGCGUGAGAACCAGAUGUAUGGAACAAAUAAGAUGGUCCCAUACAGGGACUCAAAGGUGACGCAUCUGUUCAAAAACUACUUUGAUGGGGAGGGAAAAGUCAGGAUGAUUGUGUGUGUCAAUCCAAAGGCUGAUGAUUAUGAAGAAUCCUCGCUGGUGAUGCGCUUUGCAGAAAUGGCCCAGGAGGUAGAGGUGGCGCGUCCAGUUGACCGGCCGAUCUGUGCCCUCGCUGCAGGACGUAGACACAGAAACCAGGCCUUCAGGGAUGAACUGUCACGUCGCUUGGAAGAGCGAGGAAACUCCAAUAAUGCCGAAGACCCAGGUCUGCUAAACCAGCUCAUUGAAAGUCUUCCACCCAUCCCUCGUUGUGAACUUGUUGACCCAGCAGAUGAUCAAACGCUGCCUAACCUCAUUGAGGUUCUGGAAAGAAGACAUCAUAUCCGGCAGAUGAUAACAGAGCAGUUCAACCAAACUGCCAAUAUGCUAAGGUCCAAGCUUCAGCAGUUUGACAGUCAGAUCGGUACAAGGGAGACAUUCAUCCAGAAUCAGCAAAGCAAAAUAAGUGAGAAAGACAAAGUCAUCCUCAAUCAGAGAAGUGAGAUAGACCGACUGGAGAAAAAGUCUAAAACACUGGAGUAUAAGAUUGACAUCCUUCAGAAGACAACUGACAUGUAUGAGCAGGACAAACGCUCACUUCAGUUGGAGCUGGAGACUCGGGAACAAAGGCUCCAGAAGGAGCUUUCAGAGAGGAGGCGCAUGGAGCAGCGCAUGCAGGGCAUGGUCACUGACACGAAACUCAAGUGGGAGAAGGAGUGUGAGAGGCGAGUGAAUGCCAAACAAUUAGAAAUGCAGAAUAAGCUGUGGGUGAAAGAUGAAAAGUUGAAGCAGCUCAAGGCCAUAGUGACGGAGAGCAACAGCAGCUGUUCUGCUGAGCGUCCGCAGAGACCGUCCAGGGAGAGAGACCGAGACCGCAACAUGGGCCAGAAGAGAUCUGCCUCCCCAUCACCAGCAGCGCCACCAGUUCGUCCGACGCACAGGCGGUCACACUCUUGUGGUGGGGAGAAAUGGGUAGACCACAAACCAUCCACUAAUUUGGACCUAGACACUGUCAUGCAGCCAAUCCUCCCCAAUGCAAUCAAGGUGUCGACCCCCAACGAGAAAGCUCUGUCUAAAUGCCACAAAUAUGUGCUUAGACAUCAAGAGCUGGCCUCAGACGGGGAGAUCGAAACCAAGUUAAUCAAGGGUGAUGUUUUUAAAACAAGGGGCGGUGGACAAGCCGUUCAGUUUACAGACAUUGAGACGCUGAAACAAGAGAACCCAACAGCCCCAAGUCGAAAGAGGCGAUCGGGAUCUACAGAAGGACCAGCGACUAAUGAGGAUGUAGAAAAUAUGGCUCCAGUACCGAGCUCAAGUUCAGCCAAUGUGUAUCAAAAACGCAGGAAGUUUUAAACGGCGGCACACUGAAGUCCUUUUUUUCUUUUUUCUAAAAACAGAAGAUUUUUCUUGUGUUUCGGAACAAUGAAGGGAACACGAUGUAAACUAUGCAUCUUUUUGACCAUUUGAGCAUUUUUGUGUAAUGUUUUUAAAUAUGUGUAAAUCAUUAGUGUAAUUAUAAUUCAUUCACAGGCAAAACAACACUGAUAAUACAGUGUUGAAUGUUUCAGUUGUAAUUUUUGAAUUUUUUUUUUUUUUUUUUUCCUUUUUACUACCAGAAGUAGAUAUGGGCAUAUUUGAAUCCAAAGCUUUUCACUGCCUUUCAUCACCAUCCAAAGAUCAGAACAAUAGUACUUUUAGAAAAUGCUGUAUUUAAAAAACAAAAAAUUCUGUUGCUUGGUUUUUCAAUCAGAUGUUAUUCAUUUACUGGUCAUUAUAUGAAGUAAUUACAAAAAACACAAUCCAUUUGUUUGAGCAAGAAUUAGCUUGUGUAGAACAGAGUGUAAAUAUAAAGCUGUUCAGUAGUGGCCUUUAAGAGCUAACUGUCUGGUGUUGGAACAAGUUAGAUGUACAGCCUGUUCUUUUUCAGAUUAAAUAAAUUCAAACAAAAAGUCUGAUUCUUUAUUUCACACUUGACUUCAUGAGCUAUUUUCAUCCAAAAUAUAUUCAUAAUGAAGUUAUGGGAUGAGUUCU